UCUCUCUCUCUCUCAGAUCACGCCGCCAUAGAUGGGGUUUAUUUGUCUUUUAAUGGAGGCUGCAUUAAAUGACAAGGUAUAAUGAGUAAAUCUCCGAUUCCAAUUUCCAUUAUUACACAGAUUUUAUAUCCUACAUUGUAAACACUCUCUCGCUCGCUCUUCCACACAGCCUUUUGGCUUUCCACCAGGCCAAAUUCUUUUCACUCUAUUUGACCCUGUCCUCUUAUUCUUCUUGCGCCUUUCGAUUUCAUUAGGGCUUCUUCGUCUGCUUCUGCAAGAUUUGUUUUUUAACACGCUCUUUCAAAUUCCCUGGAGAUAAUCAAUGGCUUCCCCACCGCUAAACCCUAACCCUAGCUCCAAACGCUUGAACCCAGAUGCUGCACCUUUUGUCAAAACAGUAUCGCAUCAGAAGAUUGAGCUCGUAUUGCCUCUGAAUCAUUUUCAUCUUCAUACCUUUUCACAAGCCGUGGCUCAGCCUUUGCCUUUGGGGCCUCAUGGAGUAAUUCGCUCUCCUGAUUCUGUUCCCACGCCAGCCUUGGAAUACCCAGCGUCAGCGACAAUGGUGUACUAUAACUCAAAUAAGCAGCCCCUAUCAGCGAGUUCGAUGCCUUUCUAUUUUGCGCAUGUGGACAGAUCAUUGAGCUACGACACCAAUGCGCAGCCUGUAGUGGGUAACCUGAGCUCAUACUGCCCUAUUAUUGAGCAGCAGAAGGGAUUUGCUGCUGCAAUAAUGAAAAAAGGGGUUAAGGGUAUGCGCGAUUUUGCGUUUUUUGGCUGUAGGGGGAAGAGAGCAGAAAAUAGGUGUUCUCGCAGGCAUUUGGCACCGAGGUUGAGUUCGAAGAAAAUAGAGAGAAGGGAUUCCUGUGCAGAGAGAUUAUGGGUACCAAAGAAAUUCUCAGUGGAAAACAAGAAUGACGAUGAUGGCAUCGGAAGGAAGUUAGAUGAGGAGGGCGAUGGUGAUCAUGAUGGAUUUGGAGUUCGCUCUUCUUUAUCUGAUUAUCAAAUUGGACUGGAUGGAAAGACUAGUUUAAUGAUCAGAAAUAUACCAAAUCAGUUUGAAAGGCACGAUCUGCUGCGCAUACUGGACAACCACUGCCUCGAAGAAAAUAGAAAGGCUGAGUUGCAGUCUGACUCCUUUAAGUCCGAGUACGAUUUCCUUUAUUUGCCUAUGGACUUCAGGAAUCGAGCAAACUAUGGCGAUGCUUUUGUGAAUUUCACGAACGCAAUUGCUGCCUCAAGGUUCUGCGAGUCGUUUCACAAGUAUGAAUGGAAAGUUUCCGUCAACAAGAAAAUAUGUGAAAUCUCAUGUGCAGUUAUUCAGGGUAAAGAAGCUCUCAAGAACCAGUUCAAGAACUCCUUGUUCCAUUGUCACAGCGAUGGUUAUUUGCCGGUGGUUCUUUCACCCCCACGCGAUGGUGUGGUUCGCUCUAAACCUGUUAUUGUUGGUAGGCGUUGUCCACCGCCAAUAAAAGCUGCAGGCAAUCCAAAGAGGCCUUGAAAUAAGCCUUCCCCUUGUCCUUUGUCCCUGGCCACAUGCGUUGUUUUUAGUAUAAGUAGGGCUAACUAAAGCUUUUAUUGUUGGUUUUCUAGGACUAGUGCUUGAUGUUGUUGUGCAGAGUAAUGGGCUUCGAGUGCCCCAUGUUUGCGUUCUCUCCCCAGGCAGGUGCUGAGUUCCUCGUUCUGGGGUGAAAUGGAAAAGUGGGUUCUCUUCCCAGAUAGUGGAGCGUCGCAGCUAAGCUGCUUGUGUUCUGUUUGAGAAUCCCGUGUUUUCAUUCUCUCCCUAGCUGCGAGCGCGCAAAAGUUUGUUGCCAGAAUCUUGGGUGAAGUGGAAACACUGGAUUGGAGUUUGGUAAUAGGAUGUAUAAACGUGUUUGAAUGCUUGAAGCUUGUACCUUUUAAAUAUUGUGAUGUGUAUGUGAUGC